GUAUGUAUCUAAUGGAGCACAACACGCAAAGGAAUAACCUCGAACCGAGAGCCUCAUUUCACGGUACUUAUACGCCUGGGCACACAUACGUGAUGUAGUGUUCCUACGUUACAUACCUAAAAGAUUAAGGAUUCCAAUCUCAUGAUAUCAUGACACGAAUGCCAACUCAGAGACAUGGCAUCGUGGCACUGGAUACGUUGGAUGAGCUGUCGUGUUGGGGAGAGAUGCAAGUUAAUAUCGAAUCACUAGCCCAACAUGAAGGGCACUAACUGCAAGUCUUUCGUAUCUAUAUGUAGGCUGUGAUAAAAAGCCUUCCAAGUCAUUACGGCAAGGCAUAUUCGGUACAUAUAUACCUACGCUACUUAUAAGCAGGCUGUGUCUCCUUUCCUCCGCUCCAUGUGGCAUCGGCCUGGGCGCUAGACCUGACGGUAUCGGUUUGGCAGACAGCCUGCAUGACUACCUAGUAUUACCCAAUGUGUACAUGGGUAACUGGAUACACGUACUAGGUAAAGAGCUCGAGUCAAUAGCUGAAUACCAGCUUCUUGUCCGUCCAGGUACUAACCUAGGUAGUCAGGUUUUUUGCUAGAACUUCAAGUAGGUAGGUAUUUAAAAAGAAUUGGUUGAAUGGCGUCUUCAUCUAAAUCUCUCCAGCAUCAUUACCUACUAAAGAACAACUGCUGAUAUUUCUACGACACCAACUCGAAGCGCCUUAGAAUCAACAAAGUAUGGCGAUCGCCGAAACAAACGGCACUUGCAGAAAUAUACCGCCGGGGGAGAAGUGCGAGUUCAAGGCCUAUCAUGAGACUUUAAAACAUGGCAUAAGCUCUACCGAAACUACCGAAGAUCCUUUUAAUAAAGGCGCCUACCAUGACGAAGAUAGCGCCUUUGCCUUGGUUAUUAGGAGAAAGUUCCAGGAGAAUAAGCCAGACAAGACUACCCUACAAGUAAAUUCUCCACAUAUCCUGAAAGCCUUCCGCGAAAUAAUCAAAUCGUACCUUGCUGUGCCGUCCGAUUUUACUUCUACCGUGGAACUACAUACCCCGUUCGAAAUGCUAGUCCACUACUGGUAUGAGUUACAUGACUACCGGCAAUCGCAGACGGACACUGUCGUGCAGGAGCAUAUGGACCUUCUAUUAAAGUUCAUGGAUCAUGAGAUUGGACCUGAUUUUGAGCGGGCUCACAAUAUGAUCCAAAAACAACAAAUCAGCUACGAUAAUGCCUGGGUCAUCUUUCGCCCCGGUGAUAUUAUGUACUCCGAGAUGGGCGGCCAUUCUUGGCUCUCAGUUUGCCAGAAGACAGCGUAUGAGCAGAAUAUGGACCUUGGACCUUAUCUUGAGGUCCACUGUAGCUAUACAGACGACAAUGGCAUGGUUGUAGGUCAGGCAACACAUGUUGUCAACAUGAACCAGAGGGUUAAAUUUCCCGCGGGCAAACCGGUCUCAAUUACUGACCUAUAUAUUUACCCACGUAAAUUUAUUAAGGAGGGUGAAAGCCUCGAGCGCCGCAUUCGACGCCGCGGAGAAAAGUUUCUAGCGUUGAUGAAUAAUUCGACGGUAGCUUAUGAUGGUCCUGCCGAAUGGCUUAAGGAACCACCUUUUGAUUUCUACGAUCCGUCACAAACCAAAUUUCGCGGGGUAUGGCUACCAUACACCGAAAAUGGAAGGGUCGUCUUAGAUCGGAAGACUUUUGGAGAAGAGCAGCCAUUAGGUACAGCUCGAGUUAAGAGAAUGGACCCUGAGCCGUUAUUUUGCCCGCCGUACACGCUUGGCUUCUCACUCGGUCGUAAACAAUGGUGCCGAUUCUUCGUUGACUGUAUCAACGACGUAGAGUGGAAAGCGAAGGCAUGGGACUCUCUGAUACUUCCGGAUAAGGAGAAGCAUCUACUUCAAGCUCUAAUCUCGUCUCAUACGUACUCGAGAAAGCCGCGUGAUUUUAUGCAGCAGAAAGGAAAGGGGCUUGUCGUUUUGCUCCACGGUACACCCGGCUCUGGCAAAACACUAACCGCCGAAACGGCUGCAGAGGGAACUAGAAAGGCUCUCGUGUCUACUUCGGUUGGCGAACUCAGUAAGGGUGGGAGUUUCAUUUCCGGAUCAGCAUCGUUUGAAAAAGAGCUCAAGAAACUUCUCCAAUACGCAACAGUAUGGCAAGCGGUAGUACUUCUCGAUGAGGCCGAUGUGUUCCUAGAAUCCCGAAAGGAUAUCGGAAGUACCGAACGAAAUUCCCUGGUUGCAGUCUUUCUCAAGGAACUCGAAUACUUUGGCGGAAUAGUCUUCCUAACAACGAACCGUGUGAACUCGUUUGACAUUGCUAUGAAAUCCAGAGUCCACCUCUCUCUUAGCUAUACACCACCAGAGCGCGAGGCGCGCCAACGCAUCUGGUUUCAUUGUCUUACGAAUGCGCAUACUGAUGCUAGCGAGAUCGACGUGGAUAAGACUAUCGGCCUUUUAGUGAAGCACGUGCUGAAUGGAAGAGAAAUCGCUAACGCUGUGAAUACGGCGAGGACAUUGGCGCGGUUUGAUGGCGUACCUCUGAGGCUGAGUCAUCUCAAGACUGUACUCGAUGUUCGACAGGGUUUUGACGAGAGUCUGAGGAACGGUAAUUCUCUUUGAUGAUAUCGAUGAGCUGCCCGGUUAUUACGAUCAUGUUAGCAUUCACAACCUUUCCUACUAGGUAUCUGUGUAGUUUCCUAAACGUCGACAAAUAUUGAUGAGUACCGCUAAAUUGUCAAAACAAUGGAUGAUUUUCAGAGUAUGAGCUUUCCGCGAUGGAGGGUAUAAGUACUUCUCAAUACUAGGAGAAAUUAAUAUACCUAGGUACUUAUUAGGUGCUAGUUACUAAGGCAUAUAUACAGGGCUUAGCUAGAUGACGAGUUGCACACUCAACCAGUGAAGCUAAGCAAAGUUUUAAUAUUCUUUAAUUUAUUAAUACUGUGUACUAACGUGAU